CCACCCUGUGUAGUCUCUCCGCCACUGGCAGACAAGCCACCCCCCACCCGCACGCGUCGUGAGAGACGAAAGUAUGGCAGAAGGCAACGACAAUGCCAACGGUUCAAUGGCGCAGCAGCUCCUCUUCCAGCAGCACCGGCAACAGCUCUUCCUCAUGCAGCAGCAGCAACUCCAGCAACAAUUGCAACGUCAACAACAGCAGCAGCAGGCCGUCUCCCGCUUCCCCUCCAACAUCGACGCCCACCUCCGCGACCCCAGCCUCCGAUCCCUACACUUCCAGGCCCCUACGCCGCCGGCAGCGGCGCAGCCUUCCUCUUCACAACCAUUGCCAUCCUCCGUUCUCCACUAUCCACCGCAGCCCCAGUCGGCGAGGCCCGCAGCGGUGGGCGUCGAAGUCGGGGUCGGGAGGCCCGGGAACCCCGUGGAGGUCGAGAUGGCGCAGAAGGACGCCUUGAUGGUCUGCAACCCCGACUUCAAAUGCCCCUUCGCCUCCGUGGAGGAUGCCGUGCUCAGGCUGCUGCCUUACCAUGUGGUUUCCGAUUAUGAAGCUGAAGAAGAUGACAGAAUCCUCGAUGGUGAUACCCUUGGUCAUAUUAUUUCACAACUCCAGCAAUGGGACCAAAACAUUCUCACAAAGAUUGCAGAGUUCACGACUACAUUUGAGAAACAAGUCCUUGCUUUCAACAUAUUGUCACGGAAGAGAGCACAAGGAGAAUUCAGGUCAGAGGAGAGGCUUAUGAUAGAGCAGGCUUUAAUGCAAGAAGAGAAGCAAGCUUUGCUGGAAAUAAGAGCAGAAAUGGAAUCUAGAGAGAAGGCUGGUAGGGAAGCCGCAGAGGCCAAAAUGCGGAUGGCAAUGGCUCAGGCUGAACAUGCUCGAGCAGAGGCUCAGGUCCAUGCAGAAAUGUAUGUUCGUGCCCCGAUGAGGGCUAGUACUGCUACAUCCCUCGGUGACGAGGGUUCUGGCCAUGAUAUGGGGCAGGAACAGGGAGGUAACAUGGACGAAAUUCAUGGGUGGGGAAGCGCUCAAAGAGAGGAUGAAGAGCCAUCACAGGAUUUUUUGAAUGAUGAGAACGGAACUGAGAAUGUAGACACCAGAGCACAAGGUGAAUGGCGAGAAGCUGGUGAGCUGGACCUGAACUCCAGGUGAUAUAAGGUUAAAGUUGGCUGCUCUUCUGUGGAGGAGAUCCAAAACUCUUUCCAGCUUGCAUUUAGUAGCUUAUGCACAAAGUUGGUCAGUCACAAAUUGUCAAAUUUGACAUGAGCAGAUCUGUCAUGUUGACAGAGAUCUAUUGCUGCAUUUAUUUAGAAAAAAGAAAAAGUUUCUUUUCAAAAGGAGAAUACAACUCUAUUGCUAGAUCUAAUUCGGCGACUAUCAAAAUGCAGCUGUGGAUCAGAUAAGUUGGAAGCCUGUUCAUCAUGUUAAGCAGCUUUUUAUAUCCUGAAGAUUGAUUUUGGGCAGAAUGAUUAGAAGGCUUGCAUGGCUAUACCUUUUAAGCAUCUUUGUUCCUUAAUAGAAUGCUAUGCUGCUGAAACUGAACACGUUACUUUCUGGAUAUAUUACUAGUAGGCAGGAAAUACUUUGGACAAUAUCCCUGAAGAAUUAAGUUGCUAUUGUUGACUGAUUGUUGAUUACAAACACCAUGGUUGAAACUAUAUUUCUGCUUGGCAUUGACUUGGAGAUUUCUUGGUACCAUGCAGUUCUGAGGCAGAGUAUCUCUACGUUAUGAAGCAUUGGAUCACUCGGAGACUCAGAGGAUAAGUGUCAUCUGCCCUCCUCCAAGGCAUCCUGGCUUGAUGUGACCAGAUUGGUUUACAAGUAGCUAAGUAACACUAGAAUAUGAAUAUCGACUACAAAGCACGCUACCCAUCUCAGACAAACAAUUGUCAUCUUUGUGAUGGCCAAAUAUAUAUGUAUAUAUACUGUUGGCAAUCUUAGCAGUGCUGAAAGGAAGGAAGAGCAUGACAAGCAGUACUUAUGAAUGAAACCCUAAUCCAAAGGGUACAAGGUGGCGGUAGGAUCCUUCAAACUCGUAACAUGUUGUGAUUGGUAUGCAGAUCGUCAGACUCUUGAAGCAGAUACAUAAAACUUGCAUACACAUCAGACUGGUAUGUUCAUACUGCAGGCUGCUUAAGAGUUCAAGGUAGUUAUUCACAGGGUUCAUAUUGCAGCCGUUGUCUUCUUUGCAUCUUCGGCUACUGGCACGGCCGGAAUCGCCCAUUGUCUCACCAGCAGUUCACUUGCAAGCUUGCAGGCGACAUCCUGAAGGCCCUGUCCCAUGCGUACCGGAACUUGACAGAGAGCGAGCUGGGGAUGCCCUUCCCGUCGUUGACGAGGUAGCCGGUGCCCUCGCGCCGGAACAACUUGGGGUCGACCGUGGCGGAGCUGGCGAAGCCUUCCGACCGCAGGAACACGUUGGUGAUGGUGCAGCGGCACAGGUUCUUCACCUCCACCUGGAACACCGGGUCGUAGCCGACCUUCCGCCCCGUGUUGGUCUGCUGCACCUGAACGCUCGACAGAUCGCACCGCUGGCUCGCCACUGUCAAAGAUCCCAACACACAGGACGAGAACAAGGAUCACCUAUGGGUCCUCAAAAAAGCAGCACCUCGAGAUGGGAAGAGGGAGGGGCACGUACCUGUCGCGAGGAGAUGCAGGAGGAGUGCAGCGGAGAGGAGCUUCAGGACAGCCGCCAUCGGAAUUGCUUCGUUACAAUUGGGUGGGGAGCCUUGUACCGGUCAGUAUAUAGAAAGCGGUCGUUUUCCUUCGACUGUUGACAGAUCACUUAUGCUUUCCACUGAGCUCCUGUAAAAUUCGAUAUCUAAUUACUGGGUGGGGAAAUCCUUUUACUUUGCCUUCA